AUGCAGAUAGCCCGCAGCCCUACAAAGCAGCAGUACCAGCUCAACCAGAGCACUCCAUUGUGGGCCUUGUUAGGAAAUCACAGAAUGAACCAAGAGACCUAUAUUGGGAACAUUUUGGUUUCAUUGAACCCCUACAAGUGUGUUGGGAUAUACUCUGAGGACAUCAUCAAACAAUACAAGAGGAGAGAGCUUUCUGAAAACCCUCCGUGUCCCAAGUUGACUCUGGGGGAUUAUGAGCACAUUGUUCUGGACAUUCCCAGGGCAUCAUGUUCCACGCUCCCCAGUAAUGUACUGAAAGAAGAGUCAAGUGGAGAGAGUGGGUCAGGGAAGACUGAGGCGGCAAAACUGAUCACCCACUACCUAAUGGCACUUUACCAGGAAACCAGGGAGGAACAAAUCUGUCAGGCAGCUCAGGCUCUUCCCAUCUUGGAAGCAUUUGGGAAUGCUAAAACUGUCCUGAAUAAUAACUCCAGCCGGUUUGGGAAGCUCCUGUGGAUCCAUAUCCGAGAUGACCUGGUGGUUGGAAACUCCAUAUCCCACUACCUGCUGGAAAGGUCGAGGCUUGUCUUUCAGGCACGGGGUGAGCGUAAUUACCAUGUGUUUUAUGAACUGCUGGCGGGUUUGGACGAGGAGCAGAAGGAGGAGCUGAGCCUUCAGGAAGCAGAGACCUACUUCUACCUCAACCAGGGUGGGGCGUGUGAGAUCUCCAGCAAGAAUGAGCACAAAGACUUCAUGUGUUUGUUGCAUUCUCUGGGGAGAAUCGGGCUGUUGGAAGACCAGCUGAUGUCAGUGUGGUCUAUCUUGUCCUCCAUUCUGCAACUUGGCAACGUCUGCUUCACAUCCUAUGAGGACGGGUCCCAGGAGUUGGCUGUGAUAGUGAGUCACACGGAAACACGGACUGUGGCCAAUCUGCUGCAGGUCUCAUUGGAUACACUCAACAGCGUCAUCACGCAACGAAUGACGGAGACCAGUUAUGACCGGAUUUUCUCACCUCUGUCUGUGGAAAGCUCUAUAGACGCCAGGGACACCAUUGGCAAGGCCCUCUACUCACUGCUGUUUGACUGGCUGGUACAACAAAUCAACGAGUGUCUGAUGCCAGCAGAGAUGGACAGUUCUGUGGGAGUUGUAGAUAUCUAUGGAUUUGAGGAUCUGGGCGUGAACAGUUUUGAACAGUUGUGCAUCAAUUAUGCCAAUGAACAGUUGCAGCAAUUCUUCAGCCAAGCAGUGCUUACACAGGAGCAGGAGGAGUACUCUCGGGAACAGAUCGGUUGGGCUUUCGUUCCUGUUUCUGAUCGACAAAACUGUUUAAACCUCAUCACUGCCAAGCCGUAUGGAAUUCUUCGGAUCCUUGAUGAUCAAACCAGCCUCCCCCAGGCUACAGAUCACACUUUCCUUCAGAAAUGCCAUUAUCAACAUGGCAACAGCCCAUGGUACGUGAAGCCCAAGUUGCCUCUGCCAGUCUUCACAAUUAGACAUUACGCUGGUGCAGUAACGUACCAAGUCCAUAAAUUCCUGGACAAGAACCGUGACCAGCUCAGAACUGAAGUGAUGGAAAUCUUCAUACACAGCAGGAAUAAGAUGAUUUCAGACUUGUUCAAGAGGGCGCAGGAGAGUCUUCAUCAGCAGAAGAGAAUUAGGUGCAGGGGCCGAGGGCAGCGAAACCAGUCGCCGACUGUAGCUGCCAAGUUUCAGAAUAGCCUGCUGGAACUGAUCGCAAGACUGGGGAGGUGUAAUCCACUUUUCAUCCGUUGCAUUAAACCUAACAAUAAAAAGAUCCCUGGCCUGUUUGAUGUGGAAUGUGUUGGUGCCCAGCUCAGACACUCGGGGAUUAUGGAGGCAAUCCAUAUUAGAAAGGAAGGAUAUCCAAUCAGAAUUCCACUCUCUGACUUUACCUACAGGUACGGCAUGUUACUGGACCGGGAGAAGGGGCGUUCCUCAGACAGUGAACUCUGCUCCUCAAUUUUAAGGAAGAUCACAAAGGAGACUUCAGGAUCCUACCAGCUAGGAGUCACCAAGGUGUUUUUGAAGAAAGACGUUUACGAUCAAUUGGAGAGUUAUUGGGCAAAGAUGCAGAACUGGGCAGCGCUCACCAUUCAGAGGAAUAUCCGUGGCUUCAUCAAGAGGAGGAACUUCCAGGUCUUCAGGCAGAAGAUUGUCAUUGCCCAGUCUCAUAUCAGGGGACACCAGGCCAGGUAUCACCUCCGCCUGUAUAAAUAUGCAGGUCCUGGCUGCUCAUGCCAACAGUACUGUGAGCUCACUGUAAGCAUAUUUUUCCUUUGUCUUCAUGGCUGUGAAAUUCAGGAAGAGCAGUCUCCUGCCAACACACGAACGGCCGUGGCCAGUGGCUCCCAGGAGCUGAAGGGGGGAUGUCCAAGUGACAGUGUCGGCAAGCCCAAGUUGAUCAAGACCGUGGAAUCAAAGGAUACAAGGAGCAAGAGACAAGGAGGAGCGGUGGGCAUGGAUGUUGGCUUGCUUGAGAUCCCAGCGGAGCUGGCUGCUCUGUUACAGCUUCCUGACGCAUCCUUUGAGAAUCAGGUGUCUGAAGUUUCCCCACCGCAGGUUAAGGCGAUCAUCAAACACUCGCUCCCUGCAGAUGUGAACGACCACCCCUUCAGUAAAUUCAUCAAUGACCAUUUCCAGGUCCCUCAGUUCCAAGUGCUGGACCAUGCUCUGCAUCAACCAUUCACUCAACUGGAACGAGCAGAGCGACAGGCAGCUCUGGAGCUCUUCAAAUUGGUUCUACGGUUUCAACAAGAGGAAUUCCUCCAAGGCAGAAAGGAAACCAUCCUUGGGAAUUUCAUUGUGCAGAAGGGAAUAUCCAACCCCAGGCUCCAGGAUGAGAUCUUCUGCCAGGUGGCCAACCAGACCUGGAAGAAUCGGGACAUGGAGGAGUGGCGGAGAGCCUGCCUCCUGAUGACCACCUGUCUGAGCUGCCUGCGGCCCUCGCCCCGGCUCGAGAAGCCCCUGCUCAAGUACGUGUCCGAUCACUUCAUGGAAGAAUACAGAGCGGUCUGUCAACACAAAGCCCUCAGCGCCAUGCAGAGCAUCCAAAACAGGGCCUUCCCUCCUACCCAACUGGAGUGGACAGCCAACCACCGGCGAGGACAGAUGGUGCUGGAUGUCCAUGUCUCACGUGAUGAAACAUUUGCAACAGAGGUGGAGUCCUGGACAACAGGAGAAGAACUUGGAAACUGGAUUUUUAAAUCCCGGGGCCAGGAGGAAGAGCAGAGAGGUUGGACGGUGUCCUUGCACACAGGAGCGGAAUGGAGAGACAUGCUUGGCUGCGACUUUGUCAUGGAUCUCAUUGCUGAGACUGAAGUCCUGAACGUUCCACUGGCCCAGACAUCUGCCUCCAUCAUCCAUUCACAAGAAAAUGGCAGCGAUUAUGAAUCCCAUUCAGCCUAUGAUGACUGCUAUGCUAGCCCACGCCUCGAGGUCUAUGAAGAAUUUAUUCCUCCAGCGCCCAAUGUACAGGCACCAGCCCUGCCGCCCAGCAUGGUGUCCGACGAUGGUUCCGACGCUGACCCCUACAUGUAUGCUUGCUCCUCAACAAAAUCAGAGGCUUCACAGGGGUUUGAAAACUACGUGGACAAACUGUUUGACCCAGUGUUCUCCCACGGCGGAGGGGAAAUGCAGCAAACCGCAGCUCUGAACAGGCGGAUGAAAGGAGGAGGGGGAGUAGGCCCGACACAGAACGGAGCGUACAUGACCACAGGUUUACCGAUGGUCCCCAGCUACUCAAUGGGUAUCCCAAUGAUGUCUCAGAUGCCACAGAUGGCGACCGUACCUGCGUAUCAGACCCCACUCAUGCCCGCAAUGCAACCAAUGCAUGCAAUGCCACAAAUGCCUGCAAUGCAACCCGUUCCAAUGAUGCAGCCAAUGGAAACAUCAAUGCCAGUAAUGAUGGUCCCACAGGCCAGCAUGCCUCAGAUGCAGCCCAUGCACCAGACAUCCCAUUAUCCAAGGUCUCAGUUUUCACAGCCUGCAAACCAACACAACUCCUUUCAACUUUCAGAACAGCAGGAAAGAUUCAUCAACCAACAGGCCCUUCUGCUGGCACAGCAGAUGACUUCUCAGGCCCUGACCAUCAGUCAGCAACAACAGCGGCAAAUACAGAGGGAGCAACCAGAGGAGCCACAACAGGAGCGACAGCAGGAGCGACAGCAUGUGCCUAAAAUAACAAAAACUGCAACCACCCCAAAGACAAAAACUAAAUCCAUUCCACCUGAUUCAUCCGAACAACCAGAAAAGCCCAGCGAGAAAAAUAGGCCAAUUAUCAAUACAAAUCCUCCUGAAGCAGCAGAAAAGCCCGCAAGAGACACGGUUGUUCUCACGACUAAAGAAGAUUUUGAGGAGAUGGAUUCGGAACAAUUAAAAAAUUUUCAGCAGAAACGAGCUUUCUUCCAGAAAAUAGGGAAAGAGGAGAGUCUGAUGUGGAAUUGUCCAUCAAAGAUUUUGCUUCCCAAACCGGAGAAAACAGAGGAGAAGCAGGAAGUGGAAGAACCCAGUAGUUCCAAAGUGGAGGAACUGGAAGAUUCGCCAUCUCCUCCACCUCCACCCCCUCCUCUAGUGAACCUGACCAAAGACUCGCAGCAUGAAAAGGAAAGAAAGAAGAAUGAGCAGCAUAUUGAAGAAGAGGACAAGAAGCCAGAGAUAUCUGUCCAAACCAGAAGGGCACCACAACCCAGUCACAACAUUCGAGAAAUCAUUCAAAAGUACCAGUCUCGGCCAGUGUCACCUCCUCCCAUUUACAAACCCAACAGAGUACAAGCAAAACCUUUCCUGAAGAAAGACAACCCGAAGAAUGAAGCAUUAUCGCUUUUAGGAAUGGCAGGAACAGCGAGUCCUCCAGAGGAUGAUACUACUUCCCCCGGAAUGGAAAGGUCUGCUCCAAAGGUUCCACCCAAACCAGCACCAAAACCACAGAGCCGCCCCCUGUCUCAAUCCUCGAUACAGGAGCAACUCACGCUUCUCCUAACUCCGAAAGGGAUUCAGCCCCCACCUCCUCCUCCCCCACCUUUUCCUUCUGAUAUCAUUACUGCAACUCCAUCUAACUACACUGAGUAUCGACUCUCCCCAGACUCACCAAAGAGGGAGACAGGGUCAUUGCAAGAUGAGAAUAUAAAAUCCCAGCUCUACAGGCGGACAGCUAGUGUGUACUUUUCCUAUGUCAAUAUCCCUUGGAAACUCUACCUGCGCAAAGAGCUUUUUUACCCGCGGGAGAAGUUUAAUUCCGAAUAUAUUCUCAACCUGCUGUGUGAACAGAUCAUGCGGGACACUUACUCGAACACCUGCAAUCGCAUUUCCAAGGAGGAACGGCAUAAGAUGCUAAAUCUACUCGCUGAACUUCACGUUGGAACUAAUGUCAGGAUGCUUCAAGACAACGGACUGAAAAGGCGUAUUGUUGUGGCUGCACGUGACAACUGGGCUGUUUAUUUCUCUCGGUUGUUUUCUGUCAGCGGUGAUGUCGGCAGUAACGUGGAGAUCCUCAGUGUCUCUCACCGAGGAAUCAAACUGUUGAAAUUUGUGAAAGCAGUUGGAAUGAACCCGGAACAUUACAAGGUUCUUCAGAGUUACAGUUAUGUGGAAAUCCUGGAUGUGGAGUUACAGGGAGAAGCUGUCAUCGAGCUUACGCUGAAGAACGAGGAACUGGUCCUAUACUCGGACAAAGCCAAGCAGGCAAAAGCCAUCAUCGGUCUGUUCCUGGAUGAACUGCGGAAGGACUCCAGUCACGUCAUGGCAGUUAGAAGCUACAUCACAGAUGAUAAAAGCUUGCUGAACUUCCGUAAGGGAGACAUCAUCAAACUACUUCAAAUGGAUGGACUCGAGCCAGGCUGGCAGUUUGGAUCAAUCGGUGGUCGAUCUGGCCUGUUUCCUGGAGACCAAGUCCAACCAGUAGCAGCUCCCGAAUACUACAACGUUAACGUGAGGAGGGUUGACGAGAGACCCAGGACCACGUCCACAUCCAGUAGAUCUUCCACUAAAAAGAGUGCUGCACCCAGUGAAGUCUCAGAAAGUGCAGAUGUAAGCACAACCACUUCCUCGCAUUCUCCGCCCAACAGUUACUCCUUGGCUGAAGAAGGACACUAUGUAAUGUCAGAGUUUGCUAAGAAGCACUUCAGAGAGCCUACUAUCAUGCCGGAAUGGAAGGAUGGGGGUGCAGAAGGAAAGAACCCCAAUCACCUGGUCAGACACACAAAGGUUCCCAUCCAGGAGUCGCUGAUUUAUAUUGUUGACAUUGAACUAAAUGAACUUGCGACACAGAAUUUUAUGGCUCUCAUGAGGUUUAUGGGAGACCAGCCCCUCCAGAAGAAACAUAAUAACAUAGAUUACUUACGUAGUAUCCUGAAGCUGUGCAAGGAGAAGAAAUUUCUACUGGAUGAAGUCUGCUGUCAGAUCAUCAAGCAAAUUACAGAUAAUCCCAAAAAAGAAAGUUGCAUUCUUGGCUGGAGAAUUCUGUACGUCUUCUUGGGCUACUAUUCGUGCUCAAUCAACCUCACACCUUACGUCACCAGCUACCUACAAGAUAUCUUCAUGAACCCCAAUCACCCAUUCCAAGAAAUAGCAAGGUUAUGCCAGGAAAACAUUCAACGUACUUUCCAGUUCGGAGGUCGUCAACAUUUCCCUACUAGCCUUGAAAUGGAGGCUAUAAUCAAAGGACGGGGCACGCGAAGGAUCAGCGUGCAGAUGCCUGGGAAGUUAGAGCACCCCUUCAAGAUCAAGUCCUUCUCGGUAGGAAGUAGCUUGGUGAUGGAAAUAUGUGCCACGAUUGGAAUUACUGACACUGAAGAAGCCAAGGACUUUUCCCUCUUUGCCGAUAAGGAUAAUGGAAAGGUUGCCAAACCUAUCAGAUGGGAUGAAUACCUUUUUGAUUUCCUGCUAGAUGACAACUCAGUCAGAUUUCAAUUCCAACGCAUCAUUUGGAAAGAACCCCUGCAUUUUUACAAUGACCUCAAUGUUGAUUUACAUUAUAAUCAGGUACUUCCGACUUACCUGGAUGGACAAUUGGUCUUUCCGAAGGAUAUUUAUGAAGCAGAACAGCAUGUUGCAAAGCUGGCGGCCUAUCAGCACAAAAGCACCUCAGCAGACCGCGAGCCUACUGGUCAGCAGCUGAAGACCUACCUCCCUAAACCUGCAAUGGGAAAAGUGAACUUUGAUGCAGUCCUCAGACAAACUCUCCAGGAACUCAACACAAUGCAUCAUCUUAGUCCUGUUGAAGCCAAGAAGCACUUCUUAACUGCAGUGUGUACCAUGCCUCUGUUUGGUUACAACAUCUUUACAGUGAAAAAGACCAGCCUGCAAUGGAUUCCAGCUCCUUGCAUCAUUGCAUUCAGUGAAGAAAUUCUGAUGAUCUUAAGUGAGGAGGCUAAGAAUGAACUGCUGAGGAUUUCUCUGAGGGACAUCCAGAUGAUGCGUACCAGGCGCCCACUUGACGGAUCAAAUCUUCCAUUGAUGGACGUCAAUUACGGUUCUCCAGACAAACCACAGAGGAUCACCUUUGAAGUGAAAGAGGCAAAGAAAAUCUCCCACAUGAUUGGAAUGAUCCUUGAUGUUAUUGUGCACCAUUCCUACACAUGACCACGUGCAAAUAAGAUGAGAUGGAAGUUCCAAUGUUGCUAAUUAAUGUUUUACAAGAACAUAAUAUGAUCCACAUCAGUACUGGGCUGCAGAGAACAGUUACAACUCCACAAAAUUCCAAGAUAAUUAAAGGGAAGUGGCCACAAUUUACUCCUUAACAUAUGUGCUCAAGGCUACUGGCAGCUUUAGGUGGUGGAGGCCUUCUGGAUAACGUCUUGCUCAGAUCGCCUGAGGAAAUCCCCAACUGCCACUCGCUGACUAGUUCUGGCCACAAACGAUACCACUCAGUAAUGAGUCCGAUGGAACUGGGUUGACGCAGUGGCAAAUUCUGCACCACUUGCCCAUUACUGGCACACAGAGGAAGUCUACUAUGAAAGCAACAGCAGUUUCACAUCCAAAAAAACAGUUCAUCACUUCACAGGCAGGGCCUGACUCGAAUUUGUCUGUGUGAUUAAUAGUUUUCGUGGGUUAAUCGAGGGAGAUGCUUAUUUUCAUUGUGAUUUGUUGGGUAAUAAGCUAGAACAACUGGAGUAAAAAAAGGUCCCUUCAUAGAUAUGAAGGUUAUUUAUCUUUGUAAAUAGAGCUGUAUUAUAUUUGUUUUUUUAAUUUUUUCAUGCUCUUUAAAUAUUUUUCUAAUUUAAUUAGUCAAAAGUUGCAUUUAAUAGUCUGACUUUCUUUUGGAACUUGAUAUGAUAAACUGCUGCAGA